AUGAAUUUUUUAUCACCGACUUUGGUUUUUAUUUUCGCUCUUAAUUGCUGGUCCUUAAAAUUUUCCAUUUCUGAGUACCCAUGGAUUAAAGCCUGUCGUGUUUGGGAGAGAGACUGCGGAAAGCCUAAUCCAAAACAUAUACAGCUAACAUACAUCAAGUUUUUGUACGGGGGUUGUACCCACAUAAUCGGGAAUUUGGUUAUAUGUGGUCUAGAGAAACUUGAAAAUGGAUCCGAUCCUGAUCUUUCUUUUCUUGAAAAGAUUGAAGAUGUGUCUGGUUAUGUGUACAUUGGUCAAAACAGCGUUAAAACGAUAUCAUUACCUUCUUUGAAAGUUAUUCGUGGCGAACCAGGAUAUCGUAUCAUGAAUACUAGUGCUGCACUUGUCAUUAAUCGAAACAGUCUUGAAAUCCUAGAUUUGCGGAGUUUGACGGCCAUUCAACGCAACGAUAUUGUGGCGCUAAAUAAUCAGUUUUUGUGCAACUUUGGUUUCACGGUUGAUUGGGUACAGAUUUUUGAAGACAACAGUAAGCAGAUGUUUAUACCUGAUAGAAAAGAAAAGACAGUUUCUCACGCCGGUUGUGAUAUUGAUCGCACCAAACAUUCCUGUCAUGGUUCCUGUCCUGUGGUAAAUGGACGAGGCUAUUGCUGGGGUCCAAAGCCUGAGAUGUGUCAAAAAAUGCUGAAAUGCGCUAACAAUCUUGAUAACUAUUGUCUUGGUGGUAGAGCGACUACACAACCGUGUCUGGAAGAAUGCUUGGGUGGAUGCGAAACUCGUCCUGGCAAUUGUAGAGCAUGCAAACAUGCGAUGAAUGAUGGCAAAUGUGUAUCACAAUGUCCUCCACCAUUGAUAGUUAGUCGAGAAGAGAGUAGAACUAUUGCGAAUCCAGAAUUCAAAUAUAACUUUCAUGACAUUUGUGUUAAAAAAUGUCCAGCACCAUUUCUGAAAUCAGACAGUUACUGCGUCAUUGAAUGUGACCUGAAUACCCAAAUUCCUGUUAAUGGAACGUGCAAGGACUGUCCAAAAUCUGGAUGUCCUGAACAUUGUAAAGAAGAAACAAUCUUUCUAAAUGGAAGUUUGAAUAUCUUACAAUCAAGUUCACUACGGAAAUUUAAAUCUUGUGUUUAUUAUACUGGUGGUUUGUAUAUAAGUAAAGAAUCUUUUCAAAAAAGUUCACUGUUUCCAGAUCCAAUAGAAAACGUCAAUGAACUCUACAAUUUGUUGAACCUGAAAUCAAUUGUUGGGUACAUCUAUUUUGAUUUACGUGGAGCUCCAGAAGAAUUAAAAAAUUUAACAUUUCUGGAAAAUCUAGAAUCAGUUGUUUUGGAAGUGAAAAGUCAAUCGCCAGGAGCAGUGAUUACAAUUAUGAACGGAGAACAUAUCGAGUCAUUUGGUUUCAAAUCACUUACUAAUAUUGGGGGUUAUGUAUAUUUGAAGAAUAUGCCAAAAUUAUGUUAUACUAGUGCGUUAACAAAAAUGUUACCUGUACGUAUGAUAGAUGUACAAGAUGAAGAACUUUGUGCUAAACGUGGUCACGUUUGCCACAGUGAAUGUUUACCAGAACUUGGUUGUUGGGGUGCUGAGGCUAAUAUGUGUGCUCAUUGUUGUGGUUUAAAGGCUGGUGAGUAUUGCGUGUCUCGAUGUACAGAUCAUCCUGGCUUUUAUGAACUUCCAACAUCUUUCAAUCAUUCAAUUCUGGGAAAGACCAAUAAUAAUCCUGUUUGUCGAACUUUACCCUUAACUAAAAGUGACUUGGCAAAAAUGGAUGAACAAGCAAUCAUUGCAUCCGUAGUCCCUUCAGAAACAUGUGCCAUCUGUCAUCCAGAAUGUGCUCAGACAUGUUAUGGUCCUAAUGCAAAUCAGUGUGUUGGAGAAUGUAAGCACUACCAGCAUGGUGAUACCUGCUUACCUGAAUGUCCACAAAAUACAUACGUAGAUCCACAAACCCAUUAUUGUUUACCUUGUAAUGAGUCGUGCAGUCACAUACUGACCACCGGGAAAAAUCACUUAUGUAGUGGCCCAGGGAACUUUCUUGGCUUGGGUGGUUGUGAAACAUGUUGGACAGUUAUACAAGAUAAGACAACAAACAAAUACCAAUGUCUACCCGAUGAUUGUCCUCCCAAACACUACACAGAAUCUUAUCAAACACAAGAUUUUAUAAACAAAGAAAAUAUCAUUGUAUCUUCUCAUAAUCAAGUUAAAAAAGGUGAACUUGGGGGUAUGAUCCGUGUGUGUAAACCGUGUCAUCCAUUUUGUGAUUUAUGUACAGCAAACGGAACACAUGCAUCUAUAUGUCAUAGUUGUACUCAUUGGUGGUUUAAAUCAGAAUGUGUAGAGGUUUGUCCACCCGCGGAAACAUAUUCACUAGCGGGAUCUGAUAAAGAGUCGGACAAUGAAGAAAAUGAUUUAAUUACUCUUAGUAACAAUACCCAGUUCUCAUCAAAUCAAUUAAAAGAAUUCACUUUUCUAUCUAACGUUUCUGCCACCACUAACGCUAGCAUUGAUGCCAAUCAACAAGAAUACAAAACGUCCUCACUAGCAGCUCCAGUAUUUCUAAUUAAAUUGAAACGUUCACAGCGUCGAUGUUUGCUCUGUCAUGAACAGUGUAUUCAAGGUUGUUCUGGACCUGGUCCAGAAGAUUGUGUUAAAUGUAGAAAUUAUCAAAUUAUCUUGGAUGAAGAAACGAAUAAAUUCGUUUGUAAUUCUUCCUGUCCAGAGGAUCGCAAUCAUAUUUUUCAUGGCAUGUGUUUAACAGCUGAACAAAAUGCACGUUUAUCUGGUCAAACAGCUCGAGAAUUGCGUAACAGAAUUCUUAUUGCUGUUUCUAUUUCCAUAUUUAUUAUUAUUGCACUCGUUACAAUAAUACUGGUGAUAUGUUUGAGACGGAAAGCUGAAGCAGAAAAAAUACGUGAACAACUACGCUCAGCAUAUACUAACUUGUUAGAACCUGAUAUGAAAACCCAAUCCGUAAGUCGUGAACCAAACAUGGGGCGGCUGGAAAUGAUCAAUCAGGAUGACUUGUCUUGUGAUUUCAACUCAGCUCCUCUAGGAACAGGAUCAUUCGGAGCUGUAUACAAAGGUGUAUGGAAAGUACCUAAACAUGCUCUACUUCGAUAUAAUUGGCAUAGAGGUGCUCAACUAGAUGUUGCAAUUAAAGUUAUCUUAAAUGAUUCACCUGAAUGUUCAGUAACCACAAACCCAUCGUCCCCAUUUGAAGCUGGUAAUUCGUCUUAUUCAGAAGAAGAAGCGAAGCGGGCGUCCGUACGUGCUAAUAUUGAGGAACUUCUUCAGGAAGCUAAGGUUAUGGCAUCUGUUAUGCAUCGUCAUUGUCUUCCAUUAAUUGGAAUAUGUCUAUCUAGUGAACGUCAUUGUCUAGUUUCAAUAUUCGUCGAAUUAGGGGCUUUGGAUCGCUAUGUGAAACAACAUGCAGAUGAAUUAAAUAGUCUUACACUUUUAUCUUGGGCUGAGCAAAUUGCUGACGGAAUGAGCUACCUGGAAAUGCGUGGAAUUAUCCAUCGAGAUUUGGCUGCUCGAAACGUUCUCGUUCAGACACGUGAACAUGUACAGAUUACUGAUUUUGGUUUAGCUAAAAUGUUAGAACGCCGUGAUGAAGACAGUGUCAUCGUAAAAGCUGGUCGUGUGCCAAUACGUUGGUUAGCUAUAGAAACACUACAAUAUGGGAUUUAUUCUCACAAAACAGAUGUUUGGAGUUACGGUGUGACGUUAUGGGAAAUAUUUACAUUUGGCAAACGACCAUAUGAAGAUGUUGAUACUGUAGAUAUUAAGGAUCAUGUAAUCAAAGGUGGACGUUUGACUCAACCUGACAUAUGCACUUUGGACGUUUAUAUGGUAUUGGUAAAAUGUUGGAUGGAAGAUUACGAGUCUCGUCCUACAUUUAUUGAACUUAUGCGUACAUUUAAUACAUUUUGCAAAACUCCUGGCCGUUAUCUAUACAUUGAAGGUGAUCAAUAUGCAAUCAAUUACUUUCACAACACAAAUUCAGGUUCUGGGAACUUUUCUUCUGAGUCUCAUGAACUCCAACCGAUGUUGUCCGUACGCGGGGUCCCUGAUGGAGGUACAACGCCACACAGGAAUAAUAGUUUACACCGUCAUCAUACUAUGUUAACAGAACCAAGUAUGACUAGACCUUAUUCUUCAGGAAAGCUACUUCGAGCUUUAUCUGACCAGCCUAGUGAAAGAUCUGAUCCAUUUUCCGUUGGUCAGACUGAUGAACAUACAGAAACACAACUUUUGCUACCCAUUCGAUCAAAUAAUGGUAACGCUGGAAACCAUUCUACCUGGCAAUCACGGCAGCAUGGAGUUGGAACUGGAGGUUUGUCAAAUACCUCUGAUACAAAUUUUUCAGGGCUAGGUAGAAUAUGGAAGAGAUCAAAUUUUCAUGACAAAGUCAACUCAGAUAGUAUAAGUUUGGUAAAACAACACAAGGCUCCUUUGGCUUCCCGAGAGGAUUCUUGGUUAAACGAUAUUCCUAGACAGUCAGAUCAUCCUGAAUCAAUAAGUUCUGUUGCUUUAUCUGACCCAGCUACUGCUUCUACCACUACUAAAACUUCCGAAUGGUCAGGAAUAUCACCUUCUUAUAAUAAAUCACGCAAUCAUUCCAAUUUUGGUGGUAAAAAUUUAGAAGAAAUGAGCACUAAAUUCAGCCCGCGCACACAUGACAAUUCAUCAAACGGUUUUAGAAAAAAUACUGUUUCAGACUAUCUGCUUGAGCCACCACCGCCUGUACCACGUGGCUUACCAGAUGACUACUUACAACCGAAGACUAAAAAUCCUUCAAAUAUAUCAAACGCAUACAGUAGUGCGCCGUCAAAAUCAAUGAAUUAUACCGAAUUGGGCCCACCGAUGGUUACCAAUGCUUCUACUACUAGAGAUGAAUACUUAAGUCCGAAUAUGCAGCCACCAGAAGAAUACUUAUCUCCAAUAUCCAGUGGAUUUAGCGUAACCAAUCCAGAGUAUUUAAUGGAAACAUACGGUCAUCCACAUCAAUACCCAGAUCCAAAUACAUUAAAACAAAGCACAAAUCCUGCUAGCGAUUCAAAUUCCCCGCUGAAAUUGCAGGAUAAAACAAACCAAAAGUAAACUCUAUCCUGCUGCUUGUUUUUAUCGUAUCUGUUGUUACUGUGGUUUUUCGAAGCAGUUACUUUUUGCCUAAUUAAAUACAUUUUAAAAACAAAUUCUGCUAAUAAUAUCGAAUUUACUGUUAACGCCUCUAUUUGUCAACUUUCGUUUUUAUUUACUGCCCGUUUUGUUUAUAUAUGAAAUUUCCUUGGUUUCUUUUACAUAUUAGUGAGUCAUCCUCGCUGGAAUUAUAGAUACAAUCGUUCCACUUUCUCCCCACCAGAAUAGCGGAAAACAACAGACUAUUCAUUUUAAAGUGAUAUAGCAGUGACACUGAAUGUCUGUUACUUCCUUCUAUUUUCAUUUUAUUAUUUGUCAUACCUAUAAAAACCAAAUAAAGAAUGAUCAAUGUGUAAACACUCCGGAAGUCAAUGCACAAACAUGUUCACUAUGGAAUUCGUAUGGUUCAUUCGUCGUGAUGAUAGGUAUUGACAUUUUUCAACGAUUAAAGAUAAAGUCAAGGAUGAAUGAAGAACAAUAAUACUGUAAGAAAAAGAGAUGCAUCUCAACAUUCAUGUCCCCUCCUUCUCCUUCCGUAUUUUUAAUUCCAGUUUAUUGAUUAUAUACAAACAGAUACAUACUGCUUCUUACUAGCAUUUAUAUCAAAGUAUUACUUCAUACCAUUGCUUCCUGUGUAUUUCGGGUAAUUCUCUUCUCAAAAAGCAUUCAAUUUAUCUUGAAUUAUAAUUGCUUGCUUAUCUAUGGACUCACUAAAAUUGUUUGUUGGAUUGUCUUCUAUGCAUCAUUCGUUGUUCCCAAGAUAGGCAGAAACCAGAACAAUGAGGAUAUAUAUCGAUAUACCGCUUGUUCGUUAUAAGCACUGUUUGCAAACACUGCCUUAUAAACCAAACAUGUUUUAGAUGCAUUUAUUGUCAGAUUCGACGACCUUUUAAUGUAAAUAGACAUCAUUCUUUUCGUUGUCAUUUGCAUGCUGGUUCUUUUUUAAACAAAUAAUAUGAAUACUAUCUAUUUUAUAUUCAAUCCGCUAUAAAAACAAAUACUGAGGCGAUUAUGUUUUUGAAAACUACUACCUACUAAAAUAAUCCCAAGUAGCAAAAUGAAGUUUGUUAAAAUAUUAUACCCCAGGUAGGAAUUUUCGAUCAAAAAUGACAAUAUAUCUUACCCUUUGUCUGAAUUGUCACAUAAAAGUAGUAUCUGUACUGAGUGAGAAUCAGUUAUCAUAUGAAAAAAUUCACAAUUGAAAGGGAAGCAUGACUGUGAAUGGACUCCCAGUGGUUUCCAAUUAAAAUUUGCCUACAUAACAAACAAUUAAUUUAAGCUCAUAAAUGUCCGUUAUACCAUAAAAUGUCUUAGUUAUUCUCUUAAUUACAAAACGCUUGGAAACUAAAUAGUUCCAUUAUUUUAGACUUAUCUAUAACUAAGAAAACAAAUGAGAGAGAACUUAAAUGAAAUAGUUUAUACUGUCUAGUUUGAUGCCGCAUCAAAUAAACAACCUACAAUCGUUCUAAGAACAUCUAGAAAUCAAAAUAUUUAUUUUUAUUAUAGAAAAUAGCUUGAUCAACGACCAACUGAAAUCCUCUUAGUUUCAGUUCCUAAAAUCCUUCAAGCCAAUAAAUGUAAUUAAAGCAGUUAGUAGGGUGGAGAAGAUAACGGAUAUUUAUUUGCUUAAAGCAUAUUUUCGAGGGUAUUUUAUUUAUUAAGCUAGAAAAACUGAAGCCACAAAUUUUCCGAAAAUAAAUUUGUAAGGGUUUUUCUGUAGAAAUGCUUUUAGAAAGACCAUUUUUUAAUUCACCCUUUGUUGUAAUUCUCUCUUAUUAUAACCCAGCUAUUCUUGGACACCAGUUCACUCGAUAAGUCCCCAAAUCAGAACACGGUUGAACAGGAAAGAGAAUAUAUCCCAAAUGACAAGGUUACAUGGAAGUAAGAACCACAGUAGGAAAAACGUCAGUAUAUUUAUAGUUUUUACAUGAGAAGGUUCUAGUGUUCAAUUAUCGACUAGCGCUGAUUGGAUAAGAAUUAACCAACCAAUGUGCGCCAAAGCAAUCGUGCAUUGAGCAUGCUUUAAUUUAUUUGCAUAUAAUUAUAAAACCAGAGAAUUUCACGAGGUAAAUUUUGUAACGUUUGCUUCCCACAAUAACUAGAUACUCAUCAGUAAUAAGUACUAGGUUAAUAAUCUCCAAUAGCUGAUAAUACUUGUAACAUAUUCGAUUCUAAACUACUUUCUUAAGUAGUCGAAUUUCUCUACACUUGUGAGACAGUUAUAUGACUGUAUACCAGUAAAAUAAAAGUAAAUCACAUGAAAUUAUACUACGUCGUUAUUUAGUGAUAAAUAUAUCCCAAUUCUAACGUAUUCGAUCUGAAUUAAAAAACUUAGUAAAAUUAUUGCAUUGAUAAACUGGUAAAAUAAAUAAACAAGCGCGUUAGUAGCAUAUCGAUAAAGUGAAAGACAUGAAAAAGUAAAAUGAGUAUAAUUUAUCGAGCUGCAAGCAGUAGGGUUAAUGAAACCACUGACUAAAUAUGGUGUACGAAUUUUCUACAAAUACAAAAUAAUCAAAGCAAAACAAAGAGAAACAAGAUUAAAAUCAAAAUGAUAAACCAAUAGAAAAAGACCAUAAAUUUUGUUCUAGAAAUAUACGAGAUAAAGAAAUAGUUAUGAUGAGUGCACUGAAUAUAUAUAUAUAUAUAUAUCCUUUGUAUGCAAUGAUAUGGUAGGAAGAGAUGUUGUCAAGUCACUGAAAUCAAGCUAGUCCACGUGACAUAAAUGGUACACAUAGGCGGUGAUAACAAGAGUCUUGAAUAAAACAAACUAUUUUUGUAGGAUGAACUAGGACUGGAAAAAAUCAUCCUCCACUCCAACACAUAUAUCUGAAAAGAAGCUGGGAUCAAAUAAUGCUAGAUUUGUUUGUGUUUCAACACUGUUCAACCACAAUUCUAUAUCUUCAUCAAUUGUUUGAGUUUGAUUGUGAGUGAAAUCUACAUUAGCUGACCAAUCAUGCUGCGUUGUUGUUUCCACGGUGUUCAAAUUGCAAUACUGUGAAUUAUCACAGGAAGUGGGUACAGUAUUAGUUUGUACAGAAUUUUUGAUAGAUGAUGUAGAUGAGCAUUGUAACAUUGGAUCCGUCGAACCAGGUAAAUCAUAACCAGAAUAAUUUAUUACAUUAACACAAGCCCGAGUACCGGAAUCUGUUGUUGUAUCCAUGUUUAAUAUCUCCAUAACUUUGAAGGAAACAAAUAAAAUGAGGUUUAAACUAAAGUACAUAGAAUUGUGACUCAAAACAAAAACAAUGUACCUGAUAGUAUGGGAUAGAGGAAGCAAUUUAUAUAAGACAGUAAACAUUCUACAGUAUGUAUGCCUAGAAAUUUCCAUGAAACAAGCUUUCAAAAAUCACUAUGCACUUUGUUCUGUUAAUGAAAAACAACUCAGAUUCGAGACCAUUUACAUUUUCUAUAUUUGACUGAAGGUAAUGCUUCUAUUCACUCACGUUUACAAUCCAUUUAUCUUGCAAACCAGUUAGCUGAAAAGGGAUAGAUGUUGAUGUAUAUAAUCGGAAAUACAAUAAAACCCCAUUACACAAAUGAGCACAAAAAUAAGCUUUUGACGUUAAGCACAAAUGGUGUACUCAUUACGAAUUUCAGAUGUUUCGAUGCGCAAUGAACUUCCAUACAGGCAGCAAAUUUAUCAUGUAGAACAUUACAGUUACCGCAGAAAAAAAAAGGAUUAAGUAGUGGAAAGUAGAGUUAACAGAUAAUAUGAAGAAUAUCAUAUCACAAUAAUGAAGACGUGGAUGUAAUUGAUGAAAUACUUAGCUGCUUUCUUUCGGAACAGUGAAUUAUUAGUAUUAUUAUAUCAUACACAUUCUACAAACUAACAUAAUCAGUUUUAGAGUUUUAUUACCAGUCGUUUAACAAAAUAGUUUAGUAGUACCUUCAAGAUAAGAUGCAAAAGCAACAAACAGACUAUCGUGAAAUCUUAGUAAAAAGCCAAGAAUUUACAGUGGUUUUAAUAGCUCACACAGUGACUGAUCUUGCGAAACUCAUCUGAGUGAACUACGACCAAAAUGUGGGAAAAAAGUAGAUUAAAAGUAAACUGAAAACGUCUACCCAACGCCCGGAAGUCAGUCAGCAACAACGUAGAACUUCGUAAGUACGAACAUCAGUUCAAGUUGCCACACCACAUUAGCACAGAGAUAUAAUUGUCGAUUCAAAUCCCAUAGUGGUACAGUUAGUAAAAGUAUAAGCAGUAGUCGGAAACAUUAGGGUUUGAAGAUGUUAUUCAAGGAGUAUAAUUCAGUGAGAUAAAUUUGGAAAGAAAAUAAGGGACAUGAAGGAUUCAGAAGAAUAGAAUUUGGGAGAACACAAAGAGUGGAUGCACCUGCGCCAUUCCAAAUGAUUUUGAGCCAUGUCAUUCAGGGUCUCUAACCAUUGGUUGCUUUCAUCUCGCGGUCCCCAACCACGUAGUCUACACCUACCAACAUGACUCAGUCCACUUGUCAGUGACUUCAUGUACUUGUGCCAUGUUUUGGUCUGGCCGCCUCUAGCUUUCUUCCAACCUACUCCUAAACCAUUGAACAUCGCACGUCGAGGCAGUCGGUGGUUGGGCAUACGUAACACGUGUCCCAGCCAUCUCAAGUGAUGAAGUCUCACUACUUCAUCAAUUGAUUUGCCAUCCUUACCUAGUACCCGCUUCCUAAAAACUGCGUUACUUACUCGAUGGUUCCAGGAUAUACGAGCAAUGUUUCGAAGACACCUAUGGUCAAAUACUAGUAACCUACGAAUAUCCUCUACUCUUACCGGCCAUGUUUCACAGCGGUAAAUUAGGACGGAGCGAACUGCUGCGCAGUAAACACGUCCUUUGGUUGAUAGACGGAUAUCUCGCCUACGCCAUAAAUGACGCAAGUUGGCAAAAGCUAGUCGAGCCUUCUGUAUCCGUGCUGAGAUUUCGUCACACCAGACCACAAGGGUUGAUGAGACUUCCAAGAUAAGUGGAGCAGUCGACACACUCAACCACUUCACUCUCUAUCACUAGUUCGGGUGUCGAUGCAACCCAAUCCUGAAGCAACAUUUUGCAUUUCGAGGGGGAGAACCGCAUCCCGAACAUGCUUGCAUUGUUGCUUAGAGUGGUCAGAAAACUUUGCAUUUUGUCAGCGUCUUCACCAAAUAGAACUAUGUCAUCGGCAUCUUCUAAGUCAACAAGUGAACCUCCCGGUACAAGUUCAACUGGAAAUUUAGAUAGGGGAAGUGUUAUCUAUAAAAACACGUCAAGGACAAUGUUAAAUAAGAAUGGAGAGAGUGGACAGCCCUGACGAACACCACUUGAGGUAAUCAAUUCUGAUGACAGUUCGCCCUAAGCUCUCACUCGACUAGUUGUGUUCGAGUAGAGAGCCUUUAUAAUGUUAAUGUACUUCUUUGGUACUCCUUUCAGUGACAAACAAUGCCAUAGAACCUCACGAUCAACAGAGUCGAAUGCUGCUUUAAGGUCGAGAAAUACUAUUAUUGCUGGACGUCUGAAUGUGUGUCUAUGUUCUAGGAUCUGACGUAGUGUGAAUAUCUGGUCUAUACAGCCACGUCCAGGUCGAAAACCAGUCUGGUUUUCUCUAGUCUGCUCUUCACGAGCUUUAGUUAGGCGUCGAAGUAUUAUUGAAGCUAAUAUUUUAGACAUUAUAUGAGUCAAAUUGAUUCCUCUGUGAUUGUCACAAGAGGACAUUUGGCCUUUUUUAUAGACUGGCAUAAUCAGUGAUUGAGACCAGUCAGAUGGGAUUACGUCCAGUUCCCAAAUUCUACCUGAGACCUCAGUCAAUCUCACUGCCAAUACUGGACCACCAUCCUUAAAAAGCGCAGGGGUAAACCUGUCGGGGCCUGCUGCUCUCCCUCGUUUCAGAGUGGGAAGACUUACAUCAACUUGCCAUUUAGAUUGACUGGAGAUCGUGGGAAACCGAAGUGUGGCUGAAGACCAGUUGAACUGAUCCCUAAACUGUUCUAACCAUCGAUCCAAUCUCCUGGAUUUAUGGUGAAUAAUGUGUUCAUCUUUUUCCGAGACAUUUUCUCUAAAAGUUGGAUUCUUAAUAAAGGAUUCCUUGACAAGUCUGAACAGUUGUCUGUUGUUGCUUAUUGCCGUAGCCGUUUCCAUCUCUUUUGUUUUCGCUACCCACCACUGUUGACGAUCAUUGCGUAGGCUUCUUAUCAGGCCGCGCUUAGGCUGACUCCGCUCUUCAUCAUGUUCAGAGCCAGAUGGGAUGAGUUUCCGAGCAUCUAUCAGUACGGCAGAUGCUGAUGAGAUCCAAUAUUUCUCCCUCACCAUGCGGUUUACCAUGGUAGCAGAUAUUAAAAAAAUCGGUGCAGGAAAUGUAAAGCUAUGGGCCAUAAAGAUGGAUUUCGUCAAAAAAAGGAAGCCAAGUAGCUCCAGGAGUACCAGAUAGCCCGAACCAACAUUAUUUCGUGGGAGAGGAGAAAGUCAGAAAAUUUAAGGUCAGGGUCUAAACUUCAAGUCUUCAAAAAAAGGGCAGGUGUUAUGACGGGAUGAAAAGUCAAAAUUAAAUUGAUUUACUCAUUAUGAUUUUUAUUCAAUAUCAAUUCCGUUUAAUUUAUUUUAAUGAUCACUCAGUGUAGUAUUUGUUUCGUUUUCCCCCAUGACAUUUUACUCUUUAUAAAAUACGAUAUUCUUGUAUGAAAUAUUUUCCAUGUAUGUGAUAUAUUCUGAUUAUUAAUCAAAAAAGGGUGUAUAACCAAUAUAUAAAUGAGUGUAUUUCCGACUAGACGGGAUAGGAUUACUCGUGCUUUUGGCUACUUGAGGAAUAUAUUUCCCCGUUUCGAACUUGGACUUCUCUCUCUAGUUAGCGGGGCUGGGACGCAUCAGAAUAGCUAGCAUAUUGGUCUUUGGUCACAGAGUCUUUAUUCUGUUCCCAGGCUAGGUGAAUUCGUAAUCGCUUCAAACAUAGCAUUAUGUCAAAAGAUGUUUUUCCUUAUGCUUAAAGUUAGUGUUUGCAAGAAACAGGUAGUUAUCUGAGCAUAGCUGCAACAGACGGUCGCCAUUAUCUGUUCUUUGAGCCAUGACACCAUAAAAUCCACCCAGGUGUCUUUCCUUUUCGCUUAGUUUACCUACUUGAGCAUUAAAUUAAGAGCCUAACUUUUUGGAGGAGGUCGGAAAGCUUCCUGUAAAACUCAUCUUUUACUCCAUUUGAGCUGCAAUCAGUGGGAGAGUAGACAGAGACGACGAAGAGGCAACGACGAGUGUCCCUAACUUUCCGAGUCCUUAUUGUUCUGUCUAGUCGGACAGCGCACAAAAAACUUUCUGAUGGGAUCCAGUCUAAGAGAGCUAGUUCUGCCCUAGGACUCAAUGCUAUACCUACACCAGCGAGCCUGUUGUCCUAUUUGGCACAGUGCUCGAACGUUAAAAGCUCCUACAUGUAGUUUAGAGCAUGAUUUCAGGAGACCAGGAAUAACGUUCCGCGUACCCGAAUCGUUUACAUUAGCAGCGUGAGGUGAUAAAGGAACGUGAGAAGGAUUAGUCGUGGGAAUAAGAGUUACUAAGAGGUGUAGGAAGGAUUUGAUUGUGACCAACUUGCUCUCGUGUGCUGAUACGGGUAUGAGGGCUGAUGUCACUUCCUGGUUACCUACACCGUGGAAGGAUAUUUUAUUGAGGAACCUGAAAAGGAAGUUGGAUUAGUGUUGAUCUUAACGACCUGGGAGUGUGACCGCAGAGCCCAAGGGACAACUGCUUGAGGCCGCUCACGCCCGGUCAUAGACAACUGGACAGAUAUACAUUCGCAUAACUCUUUUUUUCCGUGUUUUUUUCUAUUAUUUUUGUGAUUGUUUCUUGAGUCGUAAUUUCAAACAGUGUUGUCACACACUUCGUUUCCUUCUUUGUUUCAAAAAAAUUUCACUUUAUUCUC